UCGAGGUGCAUUGUGGGGAGGAAAGUCGUUGCCAUUCGACCUCUGCGGGGCCUGCGCGGACGCAGCGAGAACCCUGAAAUUCAUUAUGCGUUUAAAGGCUUUAUUUAUUUCCGCAUAACCUACAUACUCUCACCGGUAGGGCCAAGCGGGGAGACUGUACGACGACGGUCCAUCUCUGUCGGAAGAUACAUCGUUUAUAAAUAUAUAGUUUUUUGUCGGAGAGGAGUACCGUUGAGAAAGUGAAGAUUAAUAUAUAUUCAGAAAAUGUCCGGUGAGAGAAACCGCAGGUCGUUGGCUUUCCGAGGAGGCGGAUUAGCUGGGUUAACAGCUUCCAGUGGUGUCGGUGGGGGUAACUGUAAUAACUGGGAGGCCCCGGCCUGUCAAGACCGACAUUUUAACGGGAAUAGGCUGGAUCAAGAAGAAGACCGGGAGUUGGGGGCCAGAGGACCGUCUCAGAAGAGAGUGGAGGGCGCUGGGUCUGUCAGCGAUAGCACGGAACCCGAGGAAGAAGAGGACCCGGAAGGGAGCAGCUGGCCAGCCGGGGACAGUGACGACCGCGUUUGCUCGCUCGAAGGAGAAAACGGGUCCAGGGAAGGGAGUAGCUGGACGCCGGGGAAAAGUCCCAACAACAACAACAACGGCGGCGUCCAAGGGCUCGGAAGCAUCGCGAAGGCAGGCGAGACGGGUUCCAGGAAAUCGGGGGUAGAGAUGAGACCGCAGACGCUACUUCAGAAACAUUCACUAUUUCACGCUUCGUGGCUGCAAGAAUUCCCAUGGCUUAAAUUUUGCCAGGAGACGGGGCUUAUGUCCUGUUCUUGGUGUCACAACAUUGCCACUAAAAACAGCGACGAGCUUGUCAAAGGCAGCCGCAACUAUAAACGGGCCUUGCUGCUGAGACAUCACCUGUCUUCAGAGCACGGGAGAAAUGACCCCACCAAACAGGAGACUGUGAGGCCAUCAGACAACGCCUGCCUUUCCACUAACUGCUCAGAAGAAGACUAUCGCAACAAGCCCAAUGAAAACUCCUACUGUUACCAGCUUCUACGCGAGUUGGAUAAGCAACGAAAAAGCGGCAUUCUCUGUGAUGUGAACAUAGUUGUCUCAGGCCAGGUGUUCCGUGCGCACAAGAACAUCCUGGUAGCAGGUAGCGGCUACUUCAAAACCCUCUACUGUCUUACCAAGAGCGAAGCCCAGGAUCAAGCCACUGUAACACACCUGGAUGUUGCUGCUGUGCAAGGUUUCUCAGUUAUCCUCGACUUUCUUUACUCCGGGAAUCUGCUGCUCACAAGCCAAAAUGCCAUCGAGGUGAUGUCUGUUGCUAGUUACCUCCAAAUGACAGAGGUUGUACAGUCAUGUAGGGCCUUCAUUAAAGAUGCUCUGAAUAUCAGCAUUAAGCAGGAGGCACCAGAUUCGGUGGUGGUGGAUUACAACAAGAGGCAAAUGGUGGCCAAAGAGGGACAUAGAGGACUGGACCGGAAGCCGAGCAACUUCUGGGCCACAAGCAUCCUGUCAAAGCUAUCCAUCAAGGCCAGCAGUAAUCAGGGAAAUGAUGCAAUGGAAGAGGAUGAAGAAAAUGGCAGGGUGAAGGAGGAGACCAGUGACGUAGAGGUGGCGAUGGGUAGUGGCGAGGGCUGUGCCCUGGUGACCCAUGGUGCCUCUGGGAACUGGACCCACCACAACGACAACUCGUCUGAUUCAGCAGAGACCAAUGAAACUCGGGCUGCGAGUGGCCAGUCGCAGGUUUUCGUCUGGAACGAACCAGCCACAGGCGGCACUGCCGCAGCAAUAAAGCGGGAGGUACCGGAUGCUGCAGCUGGAAGUGGGCGAAGAAAAAAGCAGACCACUACACGCCGUUUUGUGUACAACUUCCCACCAGAGCCAGAAGAAGGAUUUGAUGAAGGGAUGUUCAUCCAACCAUCAGCGUCUUAUCCCAGAGAGGACUUCUCGUCCCUCUCAGAGAACGCUGAGCUGGCCAAUAAGAUCCAGUAUAGCAUCCUCCAAGACUUACAGCAAGGGGAAUCCUGGGAGAAUGGUGAGUCGUCACAUUUAACCCUCAAUAAGCUAAAGUGCCCCCACUGUAACUACAUUGCCAAGCACCGUCGCACACUCAAGAGACACCUGAUCAUCCACUCAGGAGUGCGUUCCUUCAGCUGUGACAUCUGUGGGAAGCUGUUCACUCGCCGCGAGCACGUAAAGAGACAUUCCUUGGUUCACAAGAAAGACAAGAAAUACAAGUGCAUGGUCUGCAAGAAGAUCUUCAUGCUAGCCGCCAGCGUCGGCAUCCGCCACGGCUCGCGGCGCUACGGCGUGUGUGCGGACUGCGCCGACUCGCACCAGGCCACUCAGGAGGGCUUGGAGGGCAUGGAGUUUCCCCGCGAUGAAGACUUCGACGGCGAGGAAGGGGAGGACAUGGAGGGCGAGGAGCCCACAGACAACGACCAAUCAAACUGCGGCGAGGGCACUGCUGUUGCAGCCCCAGAGGAGGACUGAAGAGUUAUUACAAGCUUGAGAAACAAAUAAAAAGUUGAUGUUUAAUAUAUAUGUACACACACACACACACACACACACACACACAAACUGGCUGGUAAACAAUCAACUCCAAAGUGCUAUCAAACCUCAAGGUUACUUAAUAAUGCGAGUAAAUGACCGAAUUUUUGUUUUUGUUUUAAAGCGUCGUAAGAUGUACAGGUUUUAUUCUUAAAACAUGUCCAACUCUGAGUCCAGAGCCCACAAGCGAAUGAAUCAAGUGACAAACGCAAUGAAUCAGGUUUGGGGUUUGUUUUCUGUUUUUUUUUUAAGGGCAUGAGUCGGGCAGGGUGAUGUAAUAUUUGAGUUGAGGUAGGCCAAUCAUUGAAAAACAAAUGUUAAUUAUUUAAUUUAUGAAGAGAGGUUAUUAUGGUCUUAUCAAAUGCUAUAAUUUGUGUUUGUGUUUUCGUCUGCGAGCGGAGGCGUAGUAAACGCUGUUGCUUUCUGUCUGAGAUGUGUUGCGUAGUGCUUGUAGAAAUACACAGAAGAGCAGGUUUUUUUUGUCUCUGUAGAUCCUGUUUAGACCUACUAAAUAUAUUCUGUUUUUCUUUUUGAAUUUUAUUUCCAUGCACAAAUCUUGGAACCAAAUAAUCUGUUUUGUGACUCUAAUGUAUGACAGCCGUAUUUAUGAGUAAUUUAAGAGGGCUGUGAUAUGAAAACCAAACAGACCGCACACCAAGAUUGAGCAGGAAACGCAAAACUACUGAGUAACGCCUAAACGAGACGAGCGGGGAUGCUGGGGUUGGUUCUGCGGGGAUAAAAGGUUGAUUUAAGAAAAAAAAUAAGAAAAAAGAGAGGGGAAAUGUUAUUGCUAGCUUUAUACAAAUCACAGCGUCACAGUAACACUUUAUUGUAAUACAAGAGCAUUUGACUUUCACUUAAAGCUUGAAUUUUGCCAAAUGAUGAAACGUUUGGUGCUGUAAUGCUUGUUGCAUAAUACUGGACCUACAGGCUAUAUAUGAUGUUUAUAAUCAUAAAGCUUAAACUGACUCAGUUAUGCAUAUGUAAUCAGCUUAAUCUAUAGAACACUGUUGUGCUUCGGCGACUAUCAGGUAUGCUUUGCCAUUGUUUUUAUUUAAUGCACACUUACUAAAACAUACCAUUUUUGUAGAACUAUCAGCAGUUUUCGGGGACCUAUGUUGACACCAACAUCUGUAUGCGUUUGUUUAUAUUUGGUACUGAGGUUUAAAGGCAAAACAGUAUAUAUAUAUAUAAAUAUAUUUUGAAUCACUUGAACGUUGGUUGUGAGGUAGGGUGGGGGGGCGCUAAUGUGCAAAAAUCAUGUGUGACAUUUUUAAGUCUGACAAACAGACAAAACUCCAUUUUCCAUUUGUAAACCAUUGAAAGAACUGUUUUUGCUUUUUUCCAAACAGGUCUGCCAGGUCGAAAAGAAAACACUUUGUUCCACAAACGGUGAAGCUCUAUGGCGCCUCAUAGACAUGCACUUACUUUUGCGUUCAUGAAAAAAGAAAAGUUCUUUUUAUGUUUUGUGUUUUCCCCCCCAUAAGCGGGUUUGAAUGGAACUAUCAAGAAAAAAAACUUCCAAAUGCUCAGCUUUUUUUUUAUUAAUGUUUUUGUUUUUGCUAUUUAAUAUUAUAUAUAUAUAUAUAUAUAUAUAUAUAUAUAAAAAUAUAUUUACUCCAAAAUGCAAUCAAGACUGUUAAUUUCUAUUCUAUUUGUCCAACCAAAUUGUCAUUUUUAAUUAUUGUUCCAAUAUAAUGUAUGAGAAAAGCCAGGUGAAUUCUUGCUUAGUGUAGAAAAUCCUUGCUUGUGUCUGUAACUGUUGAGAUUUUAAAAAUGUCUUUAUGCUACAAAAUUAUUCACUUUACUUUGUUUUUUUUUUUUAUUGUCUUUUCCACUGAUGUUCCCUUUCUCCUUUUUUCUCCCCCUGAAGCACAUAUUUUCUAAAGACGCAGAUUGUUUGUGGGUUAAAACCUCGGGAACAGCAGUAUCUGUUCAUAUGCAGUGGAUUAUAUUAGAAUAUGUACUGAAAUGAUACCUAAGAUGUGUUACUUCCUUUUUACACUCAGUGGAAGACGCUACGUUCUUAUUCGCCCUCUUUUUUUGUCACUUUUUACCUUCAAGUCACUGUGGGUAGGGUUCUAUUGCUGAUUAAUGAGAAUAUAUGAGAUAUAGUGUAUAUAUAAAAAUAUACAUAUAUAUGAAGAAUCUAUUAUUUAACUAGUGGAAGACAUGGAGAGUCAGCUACCAUCCACCUGCUGCUGCAGUGGCUCAUUUCCGACGACUUUCAUCUUCCGCGUCCUCCGUUCACGCUGUGUGUUGAUCUCACCUUCAUCCUGUUGUGUUUGUUCUUUUUGAUACCAACCUACUGAUAUAACUGUAACGAAUGAAACGCAAAACUGAUGUAUCAUUUUAGAUUUUAUGCUGUAUUUGUUAUACGGACAAACAGAAAAAAACAAACACUAGAGAUGUAAAAGCAGAGGUUUUCUUUCCCCCAGCUGUAUUUUUUUAUGCUGUUGCUAAAAGGUAUUUUUCAAUUUCACUCGAAUUUUAACAGUGAUGCAAAACUCGGGCAGCGCCUCAGUGCCCUCCGAACACAAAGCAAAUUCAGGUUACUCUUUAUACGUUUUUAUCAAAGGUGGAACUACAUUCUCUUUUUUUCUGUCUGAAUUGUACUACUGUUCCUCUCUCUAUACUACAUUUUACGAAUAAAACUUUGAUAAUGCUUUCA